AUGACGGAGCUUCUAGAAAGCGGGGAGUAUUCUUCCCAAACACACUAUGACAACCCCGAAAGCCUCGCCCGGGUUCAAUCCACCCACUCCACCAUCAAAGCUCCAUCUUCAAUCUGGAAAGAAGCCGUCUUCGUUGUCGUCGUCUGCCUGGCCCAAUUCAUGACCCAGGCAGGUCUGUGCAUGUCAAUCGCCCCCGUCUAUAUAAUCGGCGAGUCAUUCGGCACCUCGAGCGCCGGCGAGCUGAGCUGGUUCGCAGCAGCUUACAGCCUUACAGUCGGAACCUUCAUCCUAAUCUGUGGUCGUCUAGGCGAUGUCUUCGGCCACCGCCUCAUGUUCAUCAUCGGCUUCGCCUGGUUCGGUCUCUGGUCAUUGCUUUCCGGGUUCAGUGUCUGGUCUAACCAGAUCUUUUUCAACUGCUGUCGUGCCUUUCAGGGAAUGGGUCCGGCCAUGCUUCUUCCAAAUGCCAUUGCUAUUCUAGGCCGCACUUACCCACCUGGCCUGCGCAAGGAGAUGAUAUUCAGCUUUUUUGGCGCGACUGCCCCCUCCGGUUUCAUUGUUGGCGGGGCCUUCUCUUCUAUCUUUGCUCAACUAGUCUGGUGGCCAUGGGGAUACUGGGUUAUGGGCAUCGUAUGCUUUGCAUUGUCUGCCCUGGCAGUGAUAGUCAUCCCACACACGCCACGACCCAAGUUCGAAAGCUUCAUGCCCAUGUGGGUGCGCCUGGAUCUACCUGGUGCCGCCGCCGGCAUUUGCGGUCUAGUCCUUGUUAAUUUCGCCUGGAACCAGGCAGCCCUUGUUGGCUGGCCAGUACCCUACACGUACGUGCUACUUAUCGUCGGCCUUCUAUUCCUAGGUGUCUUCGGCUGGAUCGAGCGUCGUGCUCUCUGUCCGCUACUCCCUCGUGAGGCUCUCACCGGUGACUUGGCUUGGGUACUGGGUUGUAUCGCGGCGGGAUGGUCCAGCUUUGGCAUCAUUAUAUAUUAUUUCUACUUGUUCAUGCUCGAUAUCAAGGGCGAUACUCCACUAUUGACGACGGCCAAGUGGGCCGCUGCGUCUCCAUCUGGUGCUAUUGCUGCCCUUGUCACCGGAUUUCUGCUUGGUCGGAUACCGCCGAGUGUGAUUAUGUUCUGCGCCAUGUCCUUCUUCACUGCUGGGCUGGCGAUAUUCGCUACCGUCCCUGUGGACCAGACGUACUGGGCGCAAGCAUUUGUCGUGAGUCUGAUUACGUCGUGGGGGAUGGAUAUGUCCUUCCCCUCAGGAACCCUCAUUCUGAGCAACUCCAUGCCGCGCCAUCAUCAGGGCCUCGCUGCUUCUCUCGUCACCACGACCGUCAACUAUUCCAUCUCGAUCGGCCUUGGGUUUGCCGGGACUGUCGAGUCGAAUGUUAAUGAUGGUGGCCGUGACACCUUGCGUGGCUACCACGGGGCACUGUACCUGGGCACUGGCCUUGCGGGAUUAGGGCUGGUUACGUCUGUACUGUUUAAUUUUGUCACCUGGAGGCGGUAUCAGUGGGGGAAGUCUGUUUCAAAAGAGAAGGCUGAGCGAGUCUGA